AUGCCUAUCAAAAUCAUAAUUGUGAGAUCUGGGGAAGAGGCAAUAUUAGAUGGUGUGGAUCUACGGGAGUGUGGGGGAAGGGCACAGAACCAGAGGAAAAAGGGUGAAAAAUGCAGCAGGGAAGCACACUGGCUGCACUGGACACUGAUGAAGGUGAACUAUGCAACUAACUUGUGGGUGGAGAUGGAAGGGUACGACAGGAAGAUGUCACACAGCUGCCAUCUUGCUUUGCCUCUUCCACUGGUACGUCAAGACUAUUUCACAUGUGCACAGGAUGGAGAGAGUGAAGCUGAGCUAAUGCCUGAAGACCUUGAAGAAAAAACAGAACGAGAAAAGAAACACUCCAACUUUACUUUGUGCAGUGUUUGUAACAUUCAGCUGAAUUCAGCUGCUCAAGCACAAAUCCACUACAAUGGUAAAUCGCAUCAAAAGAGAUUAAAACAACUCAGCAAUGGGAUGCCUCCCCCACAAGUUCAAGGGAGAGUGCCCAUCCUUGCUGACCCUUGUCCUUGUCCUCCACCAGGUCCCCUCCCGUCCACGGGUGGUACAUGCCAGAGUCCUGCUCUCCCAGCCCUAGUCCGUCCACCAGCUCCCCCUUUGCAACCGUCGCUGGAUAUCAAACCAUUUCUUCCCUUUCCACUUGACACUACAGCUGCAGUCAACCUCUUCCCGAAUUUUAAUGCGAUGGACCCAAUUCAGAAAGCUGUAAUAAAUCAUACAUUUGGGGUUCCUCUUCCUCAUCGAAGAAAGCAAAUCAUAUCAUGCAACAUUUGCCAGUUGAGAUUUAAUUCUGAUAGCCAGGCUGCGGCCCACUACAAAGGCACGAAACAUGCCAAGAAGGUCAAAGCACUGGAAGCCAUGAAAAGUAAGCAGAAAUCUGUAACUGCCAAGGACAGCGCAAAGACUACCUUCACCUCCAUCACUACCAAUACCAUCACUACCAGCUCUGACAAAACAGACAGUACCACAGGGACAUCGGCGAUAUCAAAGACGACAAGUGUGGAAAUCCGCAAAAGCAGUGUUAUGACAACUGAGAUCACCUCUAAAGCAGAAAAGAGCCCCACGACAGCUAGCGGCAAUAGCUCAUGUCCUUCCACAGAGACGGAGGAGGAAAAGGCAAAACGACUGCUUUACUGCUCCUUAUGCAAGGUCGCCGUCAACUCGGCCUCACAGCUGGAGGCGCACAACAGUGGUACUAAGCACAAAACUAUGCUAGAAGCCAGGAAUGGAAGUGGGACUAUCAAAGCCUUUCCUCGGGCAGGAGUAAAAGGCAAAGGACCUGUCAACAAAGGAAUCGGGCUGCAAAACAAGACUUUCCACUGUGAAAUCUGUGAUGUGCAUGUCAACUCAGAAACCCAACUGAAACAGCACAUUAGCAGUCGAAGGCACAAAGACAGAGCGGCUGGAAAGCCCCCGAAACCGAAGUACAGUCCCUACAAUAAGCUUCCUAAGGCAGCACAUCCACUGGGGGUAAAAUUAGUGUUUUCAAAAGAACCUUCAAAGCCAUUGGCUCCCCGAAUUCUUCCCAACCCCCUCGCUGCCGCAGCUGCCGCUGCUGCUGUGGCAGUGAAUUCUCCCUUCAGUCUUCGAACUGCUCCUGCAGCCACUCUGUUCCAGACCUCUGCCCUGCCUCCUGCACUUCUGCGACCAGCGCCAGGACCCAUUCGGACCGCCCAUACUCCAGUACUGUUUGCUCCUUACUGAAUUCCAAACUGGAGUCGUUGUACUGCAAUAAUUUUUCACAAAACAAAA